AUGGUCAAAAAAGCUAUCGUUUUCCUUGCUGACGGAACUGAAGAAAUGGAGUUCACCAUUACCGUGGACGUUUUGCGUCGCGCAAAGGUCGAAGUGACAGUCGUCGGCGUUCAGUUGAAGACCCCUACUGUUGCUGAAUGCAGCCGUGGAGUCAAGAUUGUCCCGGACGCCGAGUUCCAACAUGAGGGCCAAAGCUGGAAAUCGGCUGACUACGAUGCCGUGGUUGUACCUGGCGGAAUGGGAGGAGCUUCUACUCUUCGUGAUGAUACGGGGGUACAACGCUUGAUCUCUUCCUUCUAUGAAAAACAGAAAAUCGUCGCCUUCAUCUGCGCCGGUACGUUGGUUGCCAAGUCGUCGGGCAUUCCUCGUGGCCACAAAGUUACCUCGUAUCCGAGUGUCAAGGACCAGUUGAAAGACUAUUACGAGUACUCGGAAGAGCGUGUUGUGGUGGAUCAAAAUAUUGUGACAAGUCGUGGUCCCGGUACUGCGUUCCUCUUUGCCUUGACGUUGGUUGAGCAGCUCGUAGGAAAGGAGGUUGCAGACAAUCUCAGGGCUGAAAUGCUGAGUGCUGCCGAAUUGUAA